GAGAGGGAGAGAGAGAGAGAGAGAGGGAGAUAGAGAUAGAUAGAGGGGGAGAGGGAGAGAGAGAGAGAGAGAGAGGUGUCUCUUUCUUCGCAGUUCUAAGGGCUUCUCAAGGCUUCCUCUCGGAGACUCCGUCGUUUUUGAACAGUUUCUUCAUUCAUUCAUUCUAUACAUACAUAUAUACAGACUUGUAGUUUACUCUGUUUGAAAUUGUUUUUCAUUUUCGAGAUAUGAUGGUUCAGAGGAGAGUGAUGAGUUGGAGGAGAGUUGCCAAGGCUCUACAAGCUGCGGCGGCACAUGGAUUGCUCUUCUUUUUCACGCUCUCUCUCGCUCUCAAGCUCGAUCAUGUCGUGUCUCGCUCUUGGUGGACUAUUUUUACUCCUCUGUGGUUAUUUCAUGUGGUUUUAGCACGUGGCAGAUUUUCCUUACCUGCUCCAUCAAUGCCUCAUGAUCGCCGGUGGGCGCCAUUUCAUGCUGUCAUGGCUAUGCCGUUGCUUGUUGCUUUUGAGCUACUCCUAUGUAUAUAUCUUGAGAGCAGUUAUGCCAUAAGCUUGAAGAUUGCCUUUUUGCCCUUGUUGGCAUUUGAAGUUGCAAUUUUGAUUGACAAUGUUACGAUGUGUAGGGCUCUAAUGCCUGGAGAUGAAGAAAUAAUGAGUGAUGAAGCAAUAUGGGAGACCCUUCCUCACUUUUGGGUUGCAAUCUCAAUGGUCUUCUUAAUUGCUGCGACAGCAUUUACUCUUCUAAAGCUAUGUGGUGAUGUGACUGCUCUUGGUUGGUGGGAUUUAUUUAUUAAUUAUGGUAUUGCAGAGUGCUUUGCCUUUCUUAUCUGCACAAAGUGGUAUAAUCCUGCUAUUCAUAGGCAUUCUCACCUUAGAGAUGUUGGUUCAUCUUCAACAACCAUUAGAUAUCUUGACUGGAAUAGUGGCUUGAUGGUUUCUAUGGAUGAAGAUCAGCAGCAGGGUAGAAUAUGCAGCUUGCAAGACAUCGGUGGGCAUAUUAUGAAAAUUCCAUUCAUUGGUUUUCAAAUCCUGCUUUUUAUGCGGCUAGAGGGAACACCGCUUAGAGCUAGAGAAGUCCCUAUUUCAGUUAUCUUUUCUCCUCUUUUGUUGCUACAAGGAGUGGGGGUUCUGUUUGCUAUCUACAGAUUUAUUGAAAAGAUUGUUCUUUUACUACAUAGUGGAGCUGGUACAGAAAGAUAUUUUAGAAUAUCUUUGAGGGUUCGUGAUUGCUUUGGGUUCAUGUUCCACGGAUCAAGAUUACUGGGUUGGUGGUCAAUUGAUGAAGGAAGUCAAAAGGAACAGGCUCAACUUUAUUAUGAUGGGGCAUCUGGGUACAACACUUUCUCACCUGAUAUUGUGAAGAAAAUGCCUAAAUCAGAUCUUGCUGAGGAGGUUUGGAGGCUACAAGCGGCGCUCUGUGAACAAAGGGAGAUCACAAAGUUCAGCCAGCAAGAGUACGAAAGACUACAAAAUGAAAAGGUCCUAUGUAGGGUUUGCUUCGAAGAACAGAUAAACGUUGUCCUGCUCCCUUGCCGGCAUCACAUCCUUUGCAGUACUUGCUGCCAGAAGUGUAAAAGGUGCCCCAUCUGCCGCGUCUCUAUUGGGGAGCGAUUGCCUGUAUAUGAUGUGUAGUUAAAAACUAUCAUUUAUACGAUUCGCAUCCUUUUUGUUGCUUGCAACUGAAACUUAAGCAGGCCUUGUAAUGAUGGCAAAUGCCGCAGCUUCUCAAUUAAUGUCCACAGUGUAAUAUUCUUACCUUGGCAAGAAUUGUGUAUAUAUUGUUUCACCUCUUUAUAAAAGUAGCAAAUCCGGGGAGUGAUUGCCUGUAUAUGAUGUGUAGUUAAAAACUAUCAUUUAUACGAUUCGUGCCUAACCAAUAACUGGAUGAGCUUUGUUGCUUGCAAUUGAAACUGAAGCAGGCCUUGUAAUGAUGGCAAAUGCCGCAAAUACUCUUCUCUUGGCAAGAAUUGUGUAUAUAUUGUUUCACCUCUAUAAAAGUAGCAAAUCUCUUGUUUGCA